AUGUCGGUAAGAAAUCGUACGGCACCCGGUCCCGACAGAAUAAGACCAGAACACCUGAAAAACCUUUCGCCAGUACCCAUCAACACUCUAGAGAGUGUUGAUGGGUACUGUCGUCCAAUCUGCCUACUGUCCGUCAUCUACAAGCUCUUUACAAGAGUGAUCCUCAGUAAAUUUGAAAAAGUCCUGGAUGAAGAACAGUCAUGCGAGCAAGCAGGGUUUCGAAAAGAUUCAGUACGAUUAACCACAUCCACUGUUUCAAAACUCAUCGCGGUUUCACGAGGGUACAAGAUGCCGCUCUGUCUCACCUUCAUCUAUUUGAAGAAGGCCUUCGACUAA